GUUUGCUGCUGCACCUUUAAUCUUGCUCAACUUGAUUUGAAUUCCAACAAAAGGAAAGUAAAUGUCUUUGUCUUUAGCAGAUGAAGAUCAGAGCCCUCGUAUAAACCUUCACAAAUGAUCAUGUGUUGUGUCCUGAUGUAGAGAUGUUUUACUGUAUUUUAGUGUUCAACCCUGACUGGUCUCUUUUGGUGGAGGGUCUUGGUGAUUGGUGCAGGACUUAAGGGGGCAGAUACUCCACUCCUGUGGGCUGUGUAACUGAAACUGGCAGUGUUGCUUCUAUGUGGACAAACAGGAUGUGAAGAAGCUGGUGACAAGACGCAAGGUAAACAAACUGCAUGACAUUUAAGAAUUGUUUUUGUUCUGUUGAGCCCCCAGUGUUUCAAUAAUAAAUACUUCAGUGCAAUGAUGGUCAUUAGUUUCUCUAAAGGUUUGUUCCCUUAUAGUGUUCAUAUCCUACCACAACUAAAUAUUUAGUGAUGGUGUUUGGCCGAGUCUAACAUCUCCGUCUUGUAACCAGAUGUACACACAGCUCCAGGUUCCCCCCUCAAUUUUACAGAAACACGCAUACAAUCUGGUUUGUCAUAUACUUCCUUGCUUUACUCUACCGAACACUGCAUAAGCCAGCAAACCCCACUUGGAUUUCUUCCUAGAUAAAACAAGUCAUAAAAGCUAAUCUGCUGUUUACUGGUGUUGAACUGAGGACCUGAGUUGAUCUGGGCAGAGUGCGCACUGACACCCUCCAGUGGCCACUGUGCAGCUGUUGGUUUACAGAAAAUCAUAAAAUGUUAAAACAUCAAUUUUGAUAAUGGGACAAUGAGACCUGUGGUUUAACAUUGCAAUCAUAGCAGAUUGGGAUGUCAGGGUUGCUUGAUAAUCUCAGAUAGUUUCAUGAUCAACUCUGCUAGUUAGUGCAAUCAUUGUAAUAACCUUUGCAGGUGCAGUUUUAUUUUAAAAAGUAAAAGUUCUAUAAAGUUGCUUUUGAGAACCACAGCAUUAAUUCACCUCCAGGGGUGAGCUACCAUCAGGCGCAGCACCCUUUGAGAAACAUCUUCCCCAAGCCUUAGGUUGUGGAAAACCACAAAAACAGCUCUUAAAACCAAGAGGACUCGACUUAAUUUCAAGAACGCUAAAUUGGCUGAAACUUUGCCGGAUCAGAAGAUUAUUCAAUAUGAUGGAGACACCAUUUUUUUUAACCAAAAUAUGAUUAUGGGGUAUUUGGGAGGAUCGGAAUAUACUGUACAAGUAACGGCAUGGGUGUCCAACAUGCAUGUUCCUAGUGGAGAGGAGAAGGAUCUGGCUGAAGCUGAGGAACAUACAGAGGUACAUCAUCUGUAUCACCGUCACACAAACACUGUCAAAUUACCUGGAGAUAUUAACCAGAAUGUAUGAGUUGCCCUUAUCUGCUGUGUUCUUUUGGAAAGUAAUUUUUGAACUACAACUGUAACAGAUGUACUAGUGAAAGAGGUGCAUGAAUGUGAGUCUUCAGCUGGAGUGGGAGUAGCUGUGGGGGAGGCGGAGGAGGGUCUCUCAUGGGCCUGGGCUCCAUCUCUCUGCCGUAAAUCUGCAGGAAGCUCUCCCUCUGAAUCAGCUCAAGCUGCCUCCUGAGGAUCCCCUCCUGCAGAUUCUGGGUCAGCUCAGACCCCGCUGAAAAGGCUUCACCCCAGGACGAGAGAACAAUGAUGUGGCCAAAAAGACCGCCUGAUGUUUUCUCACCCUCGAAUGAGCACUCAGAGGCUGGCUGCAGCUGUCCAGAGGACGCCUGGCUCCACAGCGUCAUCAGUGAAAGACCUCAGAAACAUACAUGAAGACGGCACAAGAAGAUUCCUCGAGAACACUGCUCCUGACCACUCAACCAAACAACAUUUGCCCAAACAUGUCCAGCAGAGUUUGGUACCCAUAAGGCCUUGCAUGGGCCAAGUGGGUGGGGUUACACGGAAGCAGAGAUGAACCUGACCAACCACAGGCCGUCACCCGGGGAUAUAAGCUCCACCCACCACUGAUCUUCAGGGUGACUGACAGCUGGACCAACGCCUCAUACACCGGCAUCUGAACUUUCAUUGGUCCAAAGUACAGUGCAGUGUCUGGAGAUGACCACUAAGCGGAAGCUGAUUGGCCGGCUGGUGCCGUGCCGUUGUUUCCGUGGGGAAGAGGAAGUGAUCUCAGUGUUGGAUUACUCCCACUGCAGCCUGCAGCAGGUCCCCAAGGAGAUCUUCAGCUUCGAGAGAACUCUGGAGGAGCUCUACCUCGACGCCAACCAGAUUGAGGAACUACCCAAGCAACUCUUUAACUGCCAGGCCUUGAAGAAGCUGAGUAUGCCGGACAACGACCUCUCCAACCUGCCCACCACCAUCGCCAGCUUGGUCAACCUCAAGGAGCUAGACAUCAGUAAAAACGGUAUCCAGGAGUUUCCCGACAAUAUAAAAUGCUGUAAAGGCCUGUCUGUGGUGGAGGCCAGUGUCAACCCUAUCACCAAACUCCCAGAUGGUUUUACGCAGCUCCUGAAUCUGACCCAGCUCUUCUUAAACGAUGCCUUCUUGGAGUAUCUGCCCGCUAACUUUGGCAGACUUUCAAAACUACGGAUCCUGGAGCUUAGAGAGAACCACCUGAAAACCAUGCCAAAGUCCAUCCACAGACUGACACAGUUGGAGAGGUUGGAUCUGGGUAGCAAUGAAUUCACUGAGAUGCCGGAGGUGUUGGAACAGAUCCACAACCUAAAAGAGCUGUGGCUGGAUAACAACUCUCUACAGUGUAUACCAGGGGCGAUAGGAAAACUCCGUCAGUUGCGGUACUUUGACUUAGCUAAGAAUCGCAUCGAGUCGUUGGACACGGAUAUCUCCGGCUGCGAAGCCUUAGAAGACCUGUUACUGUCCUCCAACAUGCUGCAGCAGCUCCCUGACUCUAUAGGAAUGUUGAAGAAGCUGACAACAUUGAAGGUAGAUGACAACCAGCUGACCUCACUGCCUAACACCAUCGGGAGUCCGAAGCCCAAGCACGGUCUGUCUCUUUUGGAGGAGUUUGACUGUAGUUGUAAUGAGUUGGAGUCGUUGCCUCCCACUAUCGGCUACCUGCACAACCUGAGGACGUUUGCUGCUGACGAGAACUUCCUCAUAGAGCUGCCCCGGGAGAUCGGUAACUGUAAGAACGUGACGGUAAUGUCGAUGCGUUCCAACAAACUGGAGUUUCUUCCUGAUGAGAUUGGACAGAUGACUAAACUAAGAGUCCUUAACCUGAGUGAUAACAGGUUAAAGAAUCUACCGUUUACCUUUACCAAGCUGAAGGACCUGGCAGCUCUCUGGCUCUCUGACAAUCAGUCCAAGGCUCUGAUCCCGCUGCAGACAGAAGCCCACCCUGAAACCAAACAGAAGGUUUUGACCAACUACAUGUUUCCUCAGCAACCGCGACACGAUGAGGAUUACCAGUCGGACAGUGACAGCUUUAAUCCCAUCCUGUGGGAGGAGCAGAGGCAGCAGAGGAUGACUGUGGCCUUUGACUUUGAGGACAAGAAAGAAGAGGAAGACAACUCUGGGAAGGUCAAGGUGGAGAUUAACCUUAAGCGCUACCCGACACCUUACCCUGAGGACCUCAAGAACAUGGUCAAGUCAGUGCAAAGCCUAGUGGGUAAAAGUGUACACGGCGGGCAUGGGCACCAACACCAGCAUCAGCACCAACUCCAGCACCAGCAUCAGCACCAGCUGAGCACAGGCACUGCCACAUCGGCAGGAACCAACAUGGAACACACACACCUCAGCAAAGAGUAUGAACCACCGUGGCCCCUUCCUCCCAAAGAGGUGAUAGACAGAGAGAUGCAGGACUUCUCUCAGUCUCAGCUAAUGGAUCAGGGAUCAAUGCAUAACUCUGGCAUUGACAUUCCUAAGAGGAAGGACAAAGAGGACCUGACAGAGAGCUCUGAGGACUCUAUGGGCGGCUCUCCCAACGACAUCCGUAUCUCUGAUAUGAGGCCCACCCUGGUGGAGCCCCCUAUGUACAAACCAAAGGUGGUGCUGCUGGGGAAGGACAAGAAAGAGUCUACAGAUGAGGAGGUGGAUAAGCUCCACUGUCUGAACCACAGCGGCUCCUCAGCCACCUACUCCGACUACUCUCCCUCACAGGGCUCCUCCGGCUCCUCCAACCCACCCGGGAACACACACUCACACGCACACGCACACUCUCACCAACACCAACACCAACACGCACACGCACACCCUCACGCACACCCACACACUCCCGCCCUGCCCGCCCCGAGCAAGGACCAGGCGCCUCAAACACACUGGACCAACAGACUGGCUCAGUCCUUCCCCAAACCCAUUGACUCCAAGCCUCUGCUAUCUCAGAGAGAAACCCCUCCAUCAGGAACCCUGCAGCAGCGCGGGGAUCGACGCCCACUGAGCGAGCCUUUUGAUUGGGCCGAGGCCCCGCACUAUGACAACACAGGAUUUGAUGCUGAGGAGUCUCCUAUGGACCCUUCAUCAACCAGUCAGGGAAACCCCCCGCUGGGCUCCAAACCCCGCAGCCAGUCAGCACACGGGCGGCGCCCCCUCCUCAGGCAGGAGCGGAUCGUAGGGGUUCCUCUGGAGCUGGACACUCAGACGCUCCCCUUCCACGGCAACCAACGCUCCACUCCGGACAAUGACCAACAAUCAUCCGGACAUUCUUCCCAGAAUCCCUGGCAGAAUUGGACCAGAACCCCCAGUCCCCUGGAGGACCGAACCGCUUUUCCCUCCAAACUGGACCUGACGCCCACAUCCAGUCCUAACCCUGAUCGCAAGGACAUUGACCAAAGGCUGGAACAAGGUGCAGGGCCUUUGCCCGGCAGCUGGACGUACCACGACAAUCAAGGGGAUCAGAACAGGAAGGAUCAGCUAAGUGUUAGCGGGGGCAACAAGGUCACCGUGGUGAUGAGUAAAAGCUCGGACCGCCUGUCCCCCAUGAUGAGGGAGACGAGAUCUAAGUUUAAGAAGUCACAGAGUAUCGAUGAGAUUGACAUUGGCUCUUACAAGGUCUACAGCAUUCCUGUGGACAGCUACAGUGCCUCCAUUGAACAACAGACUAGUUUGGACCGUCAAGAGUUUGUCGGGUCAAUGGAGCAGACCAACAUGUCACGGUCACAGUCCGCCCCCAUGUUAGACGAUGACCUGAUCUUCCCAGGACACGGCGGCAGCAACCAGUCGGGACAGAAUCAGAAACCUGCCAUCCCACAUAAGGCCUAUCACUUCGACCACAACUACAACCCCCAGGUGACCAUAGACCGCCGGGUCCCUCCCCCCUUCCCCAACACACCAGAUUAUGUCAACCACUCAUCUAAAGCCUUGGAGUACAUCAAUCAACCGGGGAAGACAUUACCAAAGGAGCUGGUGAGUCCUCGGUAUCGGGCGUAUCCACCACUGGAGAUGUUUUCUUUCCCCCAAUCACCAAUCAAUCCGGAUGGUCCGCCCAGCCAGCAUCAGCAGCCAAUCCCGUCACAGCGCUCCAGGCCAGGGUUUUUGAGAAGAGCAGAUUCAUUGGUGAGCUCCACAGAGCUUGCUUUGUUCCGCAGAGUCCAUGAAGCCCAACAGGAGGCGCUGCAGGAAGCUCAGUAUAGACAGCAGGCUGACCCCCCUCUUUAUGGUCGGGCUCUGGCCUACUCCUCCGCCAUGGAGCACUCUGCUAUCUCCAACAUGUCCGACAGCCAGAGCCAGAUGAUGCACAAUAAGAGAAACGGCCGCUACGAUGACGACUAUACAACUUACCAGGAACAAAAGAAGCCCAUGAUUGGUUACCCAACAAAGAGCCUUACUCAGCGCCGCCCCCUGUCUGCCAGGAGCUACAGCACUGAGACUUAUGGAGCAUCUCAGGCCCGUCCAGUGUCAGCUCGUCCCACCAUGGCUGCCCUGCUAGAGAAAAUGCCCCCUGACUACACUCUGGCAACCUGCCCAGAGAAACCAUCUGAAGACACCAUCAAAGUAAGACCUGGCGUACCACAGAAGCCUGAAGACAUCACCUCCAGGAUGCCUGCCGAUUGGAGGCAACAGCUACUUAGGCACAUAGAGGCCAAACGAUUGGACAGGAGUGGUGUCCUAAAGCACAACACGCUCACGCUGGGCAUGCUCUGUCAGGGCGGGGGUCAUGGCCAGGGGCGCAGCAGCACUUUGAACUUUAACCUUUACAAUAACACUAAGCAUGAGUCCCCUGUUGGCCGCUGGCUGCCACUACCUCCUCCUCCAUCUGCUAAUGCCAGCCCCUCUCAGCAGGCUGCCAUGCUGGAUAAUGACCAGGAGGGGCUGUCAGGGAGCAACCAGUGGGCUCCAUACUCACUUGGCCGGAGGGAUGUCCCACCUGACAACCUCAUGAAAAAGAGUGCCCACUCCCACAACACUCCCCACCAAUCACACAACACCAUGAUUGUCGCCUCCUCUACCUCCUCCUCGUCCACUACACCUCAUCGUGUGGUUGUGCAGCAGGGCUACGACGGGAUGAUGAACAAAGGGGGCCAAUACCAACCUGCGAUGCCCUUGUCAGUGGUUCCUUCUGGACAGUAUCAAGGCAACAUGACUCAAGGCCAUCCUGGUCCUGGACAGGGUUACCCCGGUGGCGGCAUGUCCAUGGCUCUGUCCCCGUCUGGGAACCAACCCCAGUACAACCCCCACUCCUCCCACACAUCCCAUCAGCCCGCCACCAACCCUCAGUACCACGGCAACCAGGGCAUGGUCCACGGCAACCAGGGCAUGGUCCACGGCAACCAAGGCAUGGUCCACAGCAACCAGGGCAUCGUCCACGGAAACCAGGGCAUGGUCCACGGCAACCAGGGCAUGGUCCACAGCAACCAAGUCAUGGUGCAUAGCAACCAGGGCAUGGUACACAGCAACCAGGGAAUGGUGCAUAGCAACCAGGGGAUGGUCCACACCAAUCAGGGCAUGGUCCAUAGCAACCAGGCUGUCAUGACCCACACCAACCCGCGGCCUCAGAGCGCUCGCUGCCUGUUGCAGACUAAAGGCCAGAAGAGCACGGAUGGUUUCCAGGAACAGUUGUGUGUGAGAAUAGAGAAGAACCCUGGUCUUGGUUUCAGUAUCUCUGGUGGCAUCAGCGGCCAGGGGAACCCCUUCAAACCCUCUGACAUGGGUAUCUUUGUUACUAGGGUACAGCAUGACGGGCCCGCCACCUCCACGCUGCAGCCCGGAGACAAGAUUCUGCAGCAUGACUGUGUAGCUCCUCCUCUUCUCUCUCUUUUCCCCAACAGUGAUGUGUUACUGAGAUAAUGAUGGCAGUGGCCCUCCAUCCCUCCACACACACAUAUAGACAUAUGUAUGGGAAUACUGCUGCACACAUACCUCUCUCUAUACAUACCUGCACACACACAUGCUGUUGACCGUGCUGCGUGUUUGCCUUGCAGGCUAACGGACAUAGUUUUUUACACAUGGAGCACGAGACAGCCGUCUCUCUGCUGAAGAGUUUCCAGCCGACUGUGGACUUGGUGGUUCUGAGAGAAAAAUAGUUUUAUAACAAACAAACACAACAACAACGCUUCUCUACUCUGCUCAUCGCCAUCCCAUGCCGUCCCACCUGCCCUCCGCUGGAGGCUUGUGGAACUGAAAAAUGAGCCGCCUUUUUUACCUUUUUAGGGGAACACAGACAUUUAUUUGCCUAUUGCUGGACCAAAGGCAAAUACUAGUGCCAAAUGUACCAUAGGAAACAUAUCGGCUCCUCUGUCUACCGGCAGUCAGGGAUCUGAUUGACGGCUGGACAGACCACAAGAAGACACUUUGAGUUCCUACAGGGCUGCUGCAGUUUGGAUUUUGUGGUUUGUUAUAGGCAUCUCAUCAUUCAGUGUCUAAGGUUAUUUUUUGUAUUUUUUGCUUUUCUCCACUGCCAUUAAUUUUGCUGUCCACGGUAGAUUUGUGUUUGGUGUAGCACAUGAUCCACUUUCCUUGUUCCUCAAUGUUCUCUUCGCUUUCUGUUCUAUCUUUUGUUUUCUGUUGGUUCUCUUUCUUGUCUUAUCUUCUUUUGUUUUCUUGUGUUUUUUUUCAUUCUUUUCAGCUGUCUUCUGUUCUGUUUUGCAGGUAUUAUUUCCUCCAGUAUACAGAAAACUUGUCUGCCUUGUGUACAUAUAUAAAGCUGCAGCUUUCAAGAGCUGCACUUUCCUUGGGGCCUGGAACGACAGCUCUUAAAAGUUUAGGAUUAAUAUAAAUAUUGUUGAUAAACCACAUUCUGAAUCCUCUCUUAUGAACAUACAGGGAUUAUUUCUCCAAAUGGACAAUUUUUUAAUAUACCACUGAUUUUUUUUAUGUAAAGAAAACACUGUUGAUAGUUCAUUACUGCUACUCGUUUUCUUUUUUUUCUUUUUGUAAGUGUUGCUUGCACACCUAUGCUGAAAAAAGCUGAAGCAAUACUCCUGAGGCUUGGCCCAUUGACAUUUUCAGCAGAGCCUAACUUGUCCCACAGUGCCAUCUACCGAGCAAGUCAUGCUAAUGUUUACACACACUGCCAUGCACAUGAGCUAACAGGCGAAACACACAUAUACAGUAAACUUAUGUGCCCCCAUACACAACACAUAUCCAAUGGUGCUCAGUGCACUAUUCGUAAUGAAGCCCUGUCUAUACUCGAGACUAACUUUACAAUCCAAUCUCUGUAAUAAAACCAGUCAAACUCAAACACUGUAACAUUAAUCAUAUUUUGAAGUCCUGUUUUCUAUUAUUGUUACAGCAAUGUUACAUCAUAUUUUAGCUGUUUGAGUUGUAUGAUAAAAUCCCAGCAUGCUCUUCAUAUCAUUGGUCACUGUCAGCCAGCCAUUUUCUGUUGGCUUCGAGAGAUCUCUUCUCUGUAGGAGACUCUAGAUGUAUUAUAGCACUGAGUUUCAGUGAGACUGAUAUUCUAUCCUUUGUGCCAAAUGGACCCUCUGCCCCUCUCUGGUUGUAUUAACACAGGCCUGAAACAUCAGAGCUUUACCUCUUUGUGGCCCAGAUCUGAUCGGAUCACAGUGAGUAAGGACACUGUUAGUUUUUUUUAACAUUUGGCCUGGUAUUCAAAUCCAAGCAUCCACUCUGCUGAGUCCUGACCUCUGGCCUCCCUGAAGAAAGCAACAAGAGUCAGUAUUAAUACCGUCUUAAUGGGUAAAUCUGCAGUAAAUCAGAUUGAAACAAUCAGGGGAAGAUCUGAUCUGUGCCGCAAAGUCUUUUGGCUACACCUUAAAUUUCAAUGGUGAACAUGGGAAUUUGGAUCUGCCAAUUUAGAUGGUGAAUGUUCAAAUUAUGUGUAGGUAGGAAGAGAAAUAAUGUUGACUGUGUUGAUGUAGAAGAGAUGUUUCUGGAGCAAUGUCAUUGGUAAGCUCUGACCUUCAUGGUCAUGCUUCAGACCCCGAAUAGACAUGACAGAAUUGAACGCAGGAUUAAAAAAAAAGGUUAGAGGUUCAUUUCCUGUCUUUGUGUGAAUGCAACACAUUUCUUGAAGACGUUUCAUGACAGUGAGUUUUGUUUUGUUCUGUAUAACAUCUGAUGUUUCAUCCAGAGCAAAACAACAUCCAUCACUGUUGUUUGCUUUUACUUGAUGUGACAGUGUCAUCCUGUGGCCAUUUUGUGUCAACCCUCUUAAUAAGCGUUAGAAUUUAGUUAAUUCAAUUUAAGGGACACAAAAUGGCACAGUGAAGUCCUGUGGGUUAAGAGACUUAAUCUUAACCCCAGGUACCCACCCGAUCCUAUUUAGAGUUUGAAAUAUCAAAGAUAUUGUGAUGAGAA